GUAGAAGCCGUGGCUGCGGGCUGGAUGCUGGAUUUCGCCUGCUACUGCCUGUGCCGGCACUUCGUAGAGGAGUGCGCAGCGGAGUUCCGGCGGUGGAGAGGCGUGGCGCAGGCUCUUAUUAAUGGCCUUUCCAAAAUACCUACACAUCAGAAAAAAACUGUGUAUCUCUGUCAACUUUUGAUAAGAAUUGCAAAUGGAAAAAAACUUGAAUGCCAUUUUGAAAAUGAUCAAAGAAUUUCACCUUUGGAAUCUGCUUUGUCUUUCUGGACUUUACUUGAAAGGGAGGAAAUUAAGCUGGAAAAGCGUCAUGAAGAUAUUCGUUGCUUGAUUCAAAUUCAGACUGUAGCAGUCCAUAUGGAAAAUGGAUAUUUCAAGGAGGCUGCUGAAGUUCUUGAAAGGCUGUUUACAGACUCGGAAUCAGAUAAGCCUUUAAGGAUGAAGUUGGCAACCAUAAUUAAAACCAAGGAUCCAUAUGUUCCCCUUCUCGAAAACUUCAAUUACAAUCUUUUGAUAAGUAAAAUCAAGUCUUAUGUUGAACUUUUCAUGAAAGAAAAUGAAACUAACUUCUUAAUACAGGCAGCCAUAAAACAGGUGGAGUCUAAAGGAUUGGGAGCAACAGCAUUGCAAAACGAAGCUGUGAAUGUUGACAAAAAUGAUGAAAGUAACUUGGAAACAAAACAAAGAUUAACGAAAAAGCAACAGAGUAUUACAAGUCAGUCACCUGGAGACAUAAAAAACACCACAGCAAGGCCUCAUUCACAACAGAAACACAGAGCGAGCAAUGUUCUUCAAAGUCUGAACAACUUGCAAAAUGUGGAAAAACAUGGAGAUGCUUUGGCUUCUGGCCGAAGAAGACAG